AUGGCAGACAGCAAGCGCCACAGCGUAGGAGGAAGAACUUCGUCACAGGGAUCUUCAGGCGCUGCGGGUCAGGGAAUGGCUGGAGCCAUGGUGCCUUUGGAGGCUGCAUUGAGCGGUGCAAUUGGCGCACGUGUUCGCAUCAGCACCGCCGCACCCACCCCCUCUACGAUCGAAGGAACCCUCUUCACGGCCUGUCCUAUCACCAACCUGGUUGCUAUCAACACUGCCGACGGUAAGCAAACGCAGAGCGGCGAUUAUCGCAUCAUCCCAGUGUCGCGGAUACAAUCCUUCCAGCUCCUUUCGCUCGCUCCGUCAGCCACUUCUUCCGAUGGACCGUCGUUCUCCGAUGCCGUGCCCUCGGUCCAUGCGCUUGAUAUCCGCGCCCUGAAGGCUCGAGAGGCCGCCGCUGUCGGCAAAUUACAGGAGGACGAGAAGCGCCGUGGCAAGGGCGUUACACGCGAGGCCCAGGACCUCUUCGAUGCGUUCUAUCGCACAAUGCCGGUCCAGUGGGACGGUCCCAACAUCAUCAUAGCGGAAGCCGUUGUCAUUGCUCCUCCAUACCGCGUUGAUGACUGUCGACCGCUAGUGGCGGGUGACACGGCUGCUCUUGCUCGAGUGCGCAAGGUGCUUGAGAUGGAACGCAAGAAGAUCGAAUUGCGAUCUGCCAGCGCCACGAUCGGAACCACCAAUACCUUCUCGCGAAACUCUACUGCCAGCAACCCCAACGCAGCUUCAGGGCCAGGUGCUACUGGACAAAGAAAGGGCGGUUGA